AUGUUUAGGCUCUUACGUUCGGGCGCGAACGCGCGCUCCUUAUCUUUACACAGAAGGCAAUCGGUUAGGCUGUUCAUCAAUCUAACUCCUAGUCAAAGAAGUAAUUUGGGUGGGUUUUCCAAAGUAUUCAAUAUGUUAGCAGGAGCUUACCUCGGUGGGCUUGUAAUAUGUGGAGGGCUGUUAUAUUGGAUCUACCUGGAUGCAAAUGAAAGGGAAAACAUUCCAUUUGAUAUCUCAUAUCCAAACCAAAUUGAAGCUGUCAAGGCAAUCAAUAAAGAUGAUGUUCUUCAAAGUCCUCAGUACGCAGCUAAGCAUUAUAGAAAAAUUCUACAAUCAAUAUCAGAAGAGGAACCCCAAGACAACUUGGAGCUCGAUUCUUACGAUGCUAACGAUAAAUUUGAUUUCCCAAUGAUAAAGUCUAAAGUUUUACUUGAUGAGAAAUCCAAUAAAUUUGCUAACUUCUAUAUAAACAUCAUCAUAAGGUAUGCCAAAUCGUUACUAUCAAGAAAUAAACCAGAAUCUGCAACUAAAAUCCUAAAAAAAAUUAUUGAUAAUGAUGAAAUAUUUUUCAAUUUAGGUAACGCAGAACAAAUCUCUCUGGCUGCACAGUUGUUGGGUAAGAUAAGCCAGAGCACUGAAGUUCAGGUGGCAUAUCUAAUGAGGACAAUUGAAAUGUUGACUAGAGCACAUCCUUCGUUGAAAAUUGAUAACCAGUUCUUGAUUCAAGAAAACUGCAAGGUGACCAAUGAAUUUCUACACACAUUAAAUUCAAUGGCCUUUUUAUAUGCCAAAGAAUCGACGAGAAGUGGGAUUUCCAAACUGGACAAAAAUGAAGUCUUGUCAAACUCUUUGAAUAUCUACUUAUCUAACUUGAAGGUUUUGACUGAUAUCCAAGAGAGAGUCUCUGCAGAGAAAAAUGGUAGUUUGAAAAAGUACUACCCACUAUUUGAUAUCAGCCCAUUGAACCUCAUGGUACAAAUCGCGGAAAUCAAAGCUCACAUCAGUGAAGUUAUUUGGGCCAAGGGCUUCAAGGAAAACGCUAUCAGCUGGGGUGAAGAAGUCGUAGACUUACUUUUCAAUUCGUACAAUGAAACAUCUAGGGCUGCACCAAUUUUGAUUAGCACUUUAAAUAACUUGUCUACCAUGUAUGCCAAAAUGAAUGAUAAGGUGAAUAGUGAGAGGUGCUUAAGAAUGACCCAAGGAAUCGAAGUUUAUGAAUUGGAUCGUAGAAACUGGCACGAUGAAACCUUGGCAAGAUUCAGUAGAAUUAUCUACAAUAGAGGGCCUUUGGGGAUAAUAGAAAAGGCGUUAACAGAGAGAUAUGGCAGUGCUAAACCGAUUGCAAAUUUGGAGGAAUACGAUGAAUUAGAUUAA